GCAUUUAGUCUGUACUAUAUAGUAUUUAGCAUUUAGCAUUUAUUAGUCUGUACUAUAUAGCAUUUAGCAUUUAGCAUUUAGUUUGUACUAUAUAGUAUUUAGCAUAAAGCAUCUCCCUUCCAUCCAAAUCCCAGCUCCGUGGUACUUUAUAUUACAAAGGAUCAGAGUGGAUUGCGGAGUCUAUCAAUCGUGAGCAUCCCAUUGUAUUGUACCCAAUAACCCGAAAUACCCCACGAACCGACCGCAAAAACGAUGUCAUGGGAGAGGAAAUGAUGAUCCAAAUCCAAAGCUAAUUCACUCCCAGUCUCAACCCAAGAACAGGAACCAAAACUCAGUCAUACUCCAAAUCCAAUUAACCUCAACGCAGCCCAACUCAAUCUUCUCUCGUCCUUCUUCUUCUCAACCCGAUCAAGUCUCAUUUAAAAUAUUGAAAUCGGACAAAUCAUCCAAACUACUUCCUCGUUACCCAUUGUCUGGCCAUAUUACAAAGUCAACUGGUCUUAUUAGCUACCUUGCACCCCGAAGAGGAGGGCGAAGCAAACAACCAAACAAAUAAGAGGCAGGAACGAUAAAUUCGCACAGCAAAACGAACCUUCUUCCUCUCUUCGAAUAACAGCCGUCCGUCUCUUCACGAGACUCUUUUAUUUAAAUCAAACAAACUGGCAGGAAAUAAGAGGAGGAGCUUUUCCUCCCAAGGAGGUCUGCUCAACAGAAUGUUUGGCAGCUCGAGUUCCCCACCAAAAGAUUCGUCCUUAGCUUCCACCACCACUCCUCCCACCUCUUCCGAAUCUAGCGCCGAUUCAUCAACAGGUCUCAACAACCAAGGCGAUGCAUCGUCCGCUUUAAGAGCUCUCGAUGGUGAGACUGGCACAUCCGAAAAACGUAGCGGCAAUGGCAGUCCGCCAGGUCGCGCAAUUCCCGGCGAUGGUUCUGGAGAGAAGAAACGCCGGAGUAGCGGGGUCGGCGGCAAAGCCAGCUCGUUUCUUGCCAGUGCGAAAAAUUCAUUGCACUUCAGCCAGAGUCCUAAUUCUUCCGGAUUCAUGUCUGGUGGUCGAUCAAGCGAUGUAGUGCAAACGCCCUUACAAAAGUUGGGAAAACAAGAUCCGGCCUUGACGGUUCCCCAAGGGCAGCAUAAUAAUUCGGCGGGAGAAUCUCGUCCCGGUCCUAGAUCGACAUUCAAAGUCGGCGUUUGGGAAGAUAAAAAUAAGAAGUGUCGUCGCACGAUGGAGGAUACUCAUGCUUUCUUGUAUAACUUCUUACACACACCUGCACCUGUGGUGGGUGCCGAUUCUAGCUCCAAGUCAGAAAAGUCAGAUAAAGUCGCAAGUGAUUCAUCAGAUAGUAUUGCUCGGCCGGUAUCUGCACAAUCUAUGAUGGAGACAGACAAUGGCUAUUUUGCAAUCUUCGACGGUCAUGCAGGUACAUUUGCUGCGGAUUGGUGCGGAAAGAAAUUACAUCUCAUUUUGGAAGAGACUAUACGAAAGAAUCCGAAUACACCGAUUCCCGAGCUUCUCGAUCAAACCUUUACAACGGUCGAUGCGCAGUUGGAAAAAUUACCUUUGAAAAACAGUGGUUGUACUGCCGUUACAGCAGUGCUUCGUUGGGAGGAUAGGAUACCAAACACUUCAUCUGCCACGGGUUCUACAGCCAUUGCACCUGCGACCGCUGCUGCUGUUAAAGCUGCUGAAGAAACAAAGACUGAAGAUGGUGGUGUAGAUUCGAAAUCCACAUCACAACAGCCAAAAGCCGUUUUGAAUGCUCCUACUGGAGAUGUUCAGGCAAAACUCAAAAGCACUUCUUCUCGUGCUAGAGUUUUGUAUACCGCCAAUGUUGGAGAUGCACGUAUCGUAUUGUGUCGCAACGGCAAAGCUUUACGUCUAUCUUAUGAUCAUAAGGGUAGUGAUGAGAAUGAAGGAAAACGUGUUGCAAAUGCAGGUGGUUUGAUCCUCAAUAAUCGUGUCAAUGGUGUUUUGGCAGUUACUCGUGCAUUGGGAGAUGCGUAUAUGAAAGAUUUGGUUACAGGUCAUCCAUAUACGACUGAAACUGUUAUACAACCUGAUAGUGAUGAAUUCAUUAUAUUGGCUUGUGAUGGUUUAUGGGAUGUCUGUUCAGAUCAAGAAGCAGUUGAUCUCGUUCGUCAUCAACAAGAUCCUGUUGCCGCAGCUAAACAACUUGUCGAAUACGCCCUUGCUCGCUUUAGUACCGAUAAUUUGUCUUGUAUGAUUGUUCGAUUUAAUCGACCACUUCUUGUUGCAACCGCCAAAGAUUCUCAUGCAGCUAUUGGUGUUGAAGGUGAUGGUAAUAUGGGAUUAGGUACACUAUCCGAAGCGGAUAAAAUUGUUUCAGAAUCUCAGCAAAAAGUUAAAGAUGGUGCAUCAAAUCUCGGUAUUAGUGGUAGUAAUAGUGGUGCAGGACAUGAUCCUAAAUUUGAUGGAGCCGUAGAGGAUGAUGAGGAUGAAGAGAAACCUCGGAUGGAGAGUGUAGUUGAAGAGGAACCUCAGUCCAUUGAAGGUGAUUCAUCGGCUCCUGAAAUAGAUUUAAAUGCUACGAAGAAUGCGAAAGCGGAGGAGACGGCUGCAAAUUUGCAUUUACCGGCUGGAGUUGAGAAGUGAUAUUACUUGUGUAAAUUUUGGGUGGGGGGUAGUGCGGGGAGCGGUUUUUUUUCUUUUCUUUGCGAUUUGCUGAGUGAUUAUUUGGGUUUAUUUUGGGAGGUUGAGGGGGUGGAAGGGGUGGCAAUGAACGGAUGGAUGAUGGCUUGAUGAGAUUUAUCUGAGUCAUGGUUCCCUAGAAUGGAUGGAGGGGUUUAGGGAAGGAUGGAAGAAGCUUUUAACUGAUGAGUGGGUGUUAUGAAUACGAUCUUGGGUGGUUAGCGGGGUUGGCAAGGGGAGGGAAGGCAGGGGCAUAUUAAAUUACGCGAAGUAAGCAAUGAUACGCAGCGUAGCGUACAAUGUAUGAAUGUUUAUGCAUACACGAUAUGAAUUGAAUUGAAUGAAUGGGAGUGAACGCUGUCGUUGUUUUUUUUUAGCUGCUUAUAUAUGUGUGUAUUUUAUAUCUUUUGAUGUGAAAACUAAGUUUUUGUAUCGUAUAUGAGUAAAGAGGGAUGAGAGGAAGAUUGUACGUAUAUUCUAAGUAAUAUCUCAUUAUAUCUCA